AUGGCAGCGUCGAGAGGGACGUUCGUGGUCGGCAUCACGUACACCCCUGCCCGGUUCCGACAUCUCCGGACACUAGACGCGUGGGUGCAGCACAACGCGAUAUGUGAGGACCUUGAUGCGUUGGGCGGAAUCCCGCACCCGCCUACGAUGUCCGUCCGUCUCAGCGAGGUCGGCGAUGCGGGUGCGGCUUUGUUUUCGUGGUCGCUAUCCGAGACCAUCGUGACGUCUGUCUGCCCGAAGAUAGUCGGAGCAAGUAAGAACGUGAUGUUGCAACGAUCGAUCAUAGUGUCAAGUACGACCGACGUAUUCUCGAGUCCUUACGGAACCACUGGGCAUUCGAUCAACGCUCACGUCUCCAACAUUCCCCCACCCCUCACAUCGAAGGGAACGCGAGACGUCACUCAGACGAACUUCAACUCGUCCCACGGCACCCUGGAAACGUCCAGUGAGACUUCCACCCCCGGGCCUCAAGCGCCCAGGACCAGUGCAACCCCGGCCGAAUGGGGAGCGCCGAACCACACGAAAACCUAUGCUCCGUGCCAGGAAAGGCCCGAUACUCAGUCCCCCGCGGAUGGGCCGCGAUCUCAGCGUGUCGCCGCUUUGUCACCUCCCAUCCCGGUCACGACAUCAAAUCUUGCUCCAGCUUCGCCCUAUUCGACAGUGUCAGAAAGGUCGCCAGCGCUACCUGAUCCAGUAUCACGUUUGGAGCUGGUCGUAAGACAACCGCCGGCGGCAUCCCUUUCGUCGCCUACUCCUGCUCCCUCGUCUUCUAUUCCCACAUCGCUUUCUAUUCAAGAUCGAUCUUCAAUAUCCAAGACUUCGCCUGUGACGAUUCACACGAUCACAGCGCCGCAUCUGAUCUGUGGUCCCUCGGAGCACGCGUUAAAGCCUCUGCCGCUGCGUCCCGCUCCUGUGGCUCCAUGCGCCUCGGCCAAGCUAGGCAUUACCACAAAGCCGGAGCCAGGGUUGUUGCUCUCUGAGGCGCAACCGUCCUCGAAGAGGGCCUCGCACGCACCCUCCAUCCCUUGUUCUCCCCCAAUCGCUUCGGCAUCAACCGACGAGUCAUCGAUCGGGCCCCAUGAAGAAUCGGGCAAAGGUUCCAAACCUGACGAGGGGAUAGAUGCGCCAGACCUUCAGCCGGUUGUGUCUACUGCAGAGGCUGGAACGGGGCUGCUUUCCAGAUCCACCGCGACAUCAAAAAAGGAGCGAGGACCGAACACGGCUUCGUACCCACUCGUCGAUUUCUCGAUGGCCAUUCCAGACGAUUCCCCGACAGCCCGAGUGCUGUCUCAGGCCUUAUCAGGGGAAGUGGUAGACGACGCCACGGCAUUUUCUGCCACCCCAGCGCACGCGUCGUCGCAACGGCCCGUUCUCGCCUUGGGUGUUACUUCCACUUCUUCGGACGAUGUCACGCCGUCAUCACUCCUAGGAUGGGCAGAAGCCCGUUCCCACUCAUCGUCCCCGCACCUUACAGCCGCGUCCCAUUCUGUCGCGACACCCCAUUCGGUCUCAGGCGCAGAGUCAGGGUCGACGCAUUGCAGUGCGGCUGCAACCCCAGCCCCCACCCCCCCUACCCCGCUACCGCCCGCGGAGGGACCAAAUGUGGGAACGGAUCAUGACGUGUCUAAUAAGGAAUCAUCGUACGUGCCGGCCAUGGACUCUUCGCCUGGUUCUCCUCCGGAAACUUCCCCGCCGACCCCAUCAGAUGGUAUAGUGAACCAACGUUAUGCUCCUGUCGAGAGUUUGCUGUUGCCCGCGAGGUUCGGAGACACCCCAUCAAUCACGUCGACGCUACCGGGACCCUUUCCCCUGCACGAAUGUGGGACCGAUUCUGGCACAACCUCACCACUUGUUCCCCGGGAACCUCCUGAGAAGCCUGGUUUCUCGAAACGCCCCUCUUCUGAGAUCGCCGGCCCUUCCCCCUUUGAGGAAGGAGGAACCUCAUCGGAGAGAGUGAACAAGCGCCGAAAGCUAUCGCCAUGCCCUGCCAUCGACUUUCGGAAGCUUUUGCCUUCCCGAGCUGGGCGUGCGUCUAUGCGUCUUCGGCGGGCGGGCAAGCCCCGAGUCCUUCUCAGAGGUGGAGCUGCAUCGCGUUCCACUCCAUUCGAUUCAUCCGAAGAUGGGAGUACUGCGAUAUCCGCUACUUCGGGGAAGCAAGCCAAUGGAGAAAUGAUGGCACGACGUGGGGGUGCGCCGAACGUUCAUAUGGACGUGGAUGCAGGCGCGAUACGUCACGUAUUCGGACCUGAUAAUGUGGAGAGCGGCGAUCGCGUUCAGGCGCUGAUGGAGGAACACCGAGAACUGGUGCGCCGAUGCGACGCGCUCCAGUCGGAAGUCAUGACACACGAGACGCGUAUGAAACAAGAUCGGGAGAAGCUCGUACGCUCCGUGGCACUUUGCAAGUCCGUUACCUCGCAGCUCGGCUGCUCUCUCGCGCUUUGCGAGGACGUCUCCAUCGGCCUCAAACGAGCCAUGGUUGCCCUCGACCGAGAGGAACGAGAGCAUGCGCGUACACGUGCGAUACUCGCGCAAGCUGAGGAGCGGGCAGAACGCAAGCUAGCGCUCCAGGCCGAGGAACAUCAGGCGCGCCACCAAGCAUGUGCAGCCGAACGUGUCUCAAUCCUCAGCGUUGCCAUGGAGGCGGUCGAAAACGCACGGUCUCUCCUGCCUGGGAUCCUAGAUGAUACUCAGAAGCCAUCAUCACUCGUGCUCGCGACGUCUGACAUGUUUGGAGAUGACGCGCUCGUCCUUGCGUCCAACUGUUUGAAGAACCAGAUUCUGCGUGUCACAGACAAUGAGACGCGACAGCGUCAGACAAUCGCAGAUUUGCAGCAAUCGUUACGGACCUCAGAGGCUGCAAUGCUUGCCGAACAAUCUGCUAAGGACGCUGCCCUGUCCGCCUCUCGAGAAGCCACGGUCCGCGCGGACGAUGUCUCCGCAAGAUGCGAUGCUCUUGAGCGUGCUUUGCAGCACGAGAUUCAGCGCCGUCGAGAAAUCGAACAAGCGCUGGAGAGAGAGAGUUGCAUGCGGUUGCAUUUGGAAUCGAGCAUGAACGACGUGACAUCGGAGUGUUCCACGCCGUUCAUCGUGCCUGCGCUAAUGCAGGCGUUUCUUGAGGUGUCAAAGAUGACGAAUGAAGCAACGCACGCAGGCUCCACAGAAACCUGA